AUUUUUCAUAGCAUCUGGUGUUCAUCUGGUGAUCACUCCGUGCUGUGAAACUAUGGCGAUGAAGUUGACUUGUGGUUGUCUUCUGGCAGUUACCCUGCUUAUGUGUCUGGCUGAAGCUCAAUAUUUCAGCCAGAAGCCUCAGCAGCCUCAGAGGCCACAACUGCCUCAGCAGCCUCAGAGGCCUCAACUGCCUCAGCAGCCUCAGAGGCCUCAACUGCCUCAGCAGCCUCAGAGGGCUCAGCAGCCUCAGAGGCCUCAGCAGCCUCAGAGGGCUCAGCAGCCUCAGAGGGCUCAGCAGCCUCAGAGGGCUCAGCAGCCUCAGGUGCCACAGGCUCAGCACCCUCCGCCUCCUCCAGAUACAUUUCACUCUUGUGAAGUGUCUCAGGAGUACAAGAUACCAUGUGGGGUUCCCGGCAUCUCUGGUUCAGAGUGUGAGGCCAUAAGCUGCUGCUUUGAUGGAGUCAUGUGCUUUUAUGGCAGAUCUGUAACUCUUCAGUGCACCAAGGAUGCACAGUUUAUAGUGGUGGCAGCCAGAGAUGUCACCGUACCCCACCUUGAUUUGGAGACAAUUACUUUCCUUGGAAAUGAUCAAAACUGCGGUCCAGUUGAUACAAGUUCAGCUUUUGCCAUCUACCAGUUCCCUGUUACUGACUGUGGCACUGUCAUUGUGGAGGAGCCAGGUGUCAUAACCUAUGAGAACAGGAUGGUCUCCUCAUAUGAAGUUGCUAUUGGACCCAAAGGAGUCAUUACCAGGGACAGCAGCUUUGAGUUGAUUGUUCAGUGUAAAUAUACUGGCGUCACAGUUGAGGCUCUGGUCAUAGAGGCUUCCCUGCUCGCUCCACCACCCCCAGUUGCAGCUCCUGGACCCCUGAAUGUGGAGCUCAGGCUGGGCAACGGAGAGUGUCAUGUCAAGGGCUGUGUGGAAGAGGAGGUAGCCUAUAACUCAUUUUAUGAGGAUGCAGACUACCCCGUCACAAAAGUGCUUAGGGAACCUGUGUACGUAGAGGUCCGAAUUCUGGAGAGGACUGAUCCCAAUAUUGUCCUGACUCUUGGAAGAUGCUGGGCAACUUCUAAUCCCUUCCCUCACAGUCUUCCUCAGUGGGACUUGCUGAUUGAUGGCUGUCCCUACCGUGAUGACAAUUACCUGACCAGACUGGUCCCCGUGGAUGCCUCAUCAGAACUUUUGUACCCAACCCACCACGCGCGUUUUGUUUUUAAGAUGUUCACUUUUGUAUCUACUGAAUCUGCCGAUCCUAGCAAAGGAGGGGUUAACACUCCUCUCAAAGAAAAGGUGUAUAUCCACUGCGAUGCAGCUGUGUGCCAGGCCUCUCAACAGAAUACCUGUCAACCUAGGUGCUUCAGAAAGAGGAGAGACACUGUUGCUUCUGUCAAGAAAGAGUUCCAAGCUGAGACUGCUGUGGCUAGCAGUCAGGAGAUUAUCAUCAUUCACCCAGGUUGGACUAGUCAGUAACAGCAUCCAGACAGAAUCUUCUUAUCAUGAAAUCAAUGUUUCCGAUGCUUGCUGAAAAGUGACUGAGUGUCGAAUAAAUAUCCAAGUUGCUGAA